GGAGGGGUGGCGGUGGUGGCGGUGGCCCGGCGGCCAUGGAGCGGGUCAACGACGCUUCCUGCGGCCCGUCGGGUUGCUACACCUACCAGGUGAGCAGACACAGUACGGAGAUGCUGCACAACCUGAACCAGCAGCGCAAAAACGGCGGGCGCUUCUGCGACGUGCUCCUGCGGGUGGGCGACGAGAGCUUCCCGGCGCACCGCGCCGUGCUGGCCGCCUGCAGCGAGUAUUUCGAGUCGGUGUUCAGCGCCCAGUUGGGUGACGGGGGAGCUGCGGACGGGGGUCCCGCCGAUGUGGGAGGUGCGGCGGCGGCAGCUCCGGGCGGCGGCGGCGGCGGCGGCGGCGUCGGGGCCGGGGGCAGCCGUGAGCUGGAGAUGCACACCAUCAGCUCCAAGGUGUUCGGGGACAUCCUGGACUUCGCAUACACUUCGCGCAUCGUGGUACGACUGGAGAGCUUCCCCGAGCUCAUGACGGCCGCCAAGUUCCUACUGAUGAGGUCAGUCAUCGAGAUCUGCCAGGAAGUCAUCAAACAAUCCAACGUGCAGAUCUUAGUGCCUCCUGCCCGGGCUGAUAUCAUGCUCUUUCGACCCCCUGGGACUUCUGACUUGGGCUUUCCUUUGGACAUGACCAACGGGGCAGCCUUGGCUGCCAACAGCAAUGGUAUUGCCGGCAGCAUACAACCUGAGGAGGAGGCUGCUCGGGCCACAGGUGCAGCAGCUAUUGCAGGCCAAGCUUCCCUGCCUGUGUUACCUGGGGUGGACCGCUUGCCCAUGGUGGCCGGACCCCUGUCCCCCCAACUGCUGACAUCCCCAUUCCCCAACGUGGCAUCCAAUACCCCUCCACUGACUAGCAAGCGAGGCCGGGGACGCCCAAGGAAGGCCAACCUGCCGGACUCAAUGUUUGGGUCCCCGGGGGGCUUGAGGGAAGCAGGCAUUCUUCCAUGUGGCUUGUGUGGCAAGGUGUUCACUGAUGCCAACCGACUCCGGCAGCAUGAGGCCCAACACGGUGUCACCAGCCUCCAGUUGGGGUACAUUGAUCUUCCUCCUCCGAGGCUGGGCGAGAAUGGGCUACCCAUCUCUGAGGACCCUGACGGCCCGCGAAAGAGGAGCAGGACCAGGAAGCAGGUGGCCUGUGAAAUCUGUGGCAAGAUCUUCCGCGACGUGUACCAUCUCAACCGGCACAAGCUGUCCCACUCUGGAGAGAAGCCCUACUCCUGCCCCGUGUGUGGUCUACGGUUCAAGAGAAAAGACCGCAUGUCCUACCAUGUGCGGUCCCACGAUGGGUCUGUGGGCAAGCCAUACAUCUGCCAGAGCUGUGGGAAAGGAUUCUCCAGGCCUGAUCACUUGAACGGACACAUCAAGCAGGUGCACACUUCUGAGCGGCCUCACAAGUGUCAGACCUGCAACGCUUCCUUUGCCACCCGAGACCGUCUGCGUUCCCACCUGGCCUGUCAUGAAGACAAGGUGCCCUGCCAGGUGUGCGGGAAGUACCUGCGGGCGGCGUACAUGGCCGACCACCUGAAGAAGCACAGCGAGGGGUCCAGCAACUUCUGCAGUAUCUGUAACCGAGGUUUCUCCUCUGCCUCCUACUUAAAGGUCCAUGUUAAAACCCACCACGGUGUUCCCCUUCCCCAGGUCUCCAGGCACCAGGAGCCCAUCCCGAAUGGGGGAGCAGCGUUCCACUGCGCCAGGACCUAUGGCAACAAAGAAGGCCAGAAAUGCUCACAUCAGGAUCUGAUUGAGAGCUCCGACUCCUACGGUGACCUCUCGGACGCCAGUGACCUGAAGACGCCAGAGAAGCAGAGCGCCAACGGCUCCUUCUCCUGCGACGUGGCAGUCCCUAAAAACAAAGUGGAGUCCGACGGCGAGAAGAAGUACCCGUGCCCCGAAUGCGGGAGUUUCUUCCGCUCUAAGUCCUACUUGAACAAACACAUCCAGAAGGUGCAUGUCCGGUCCCUCGGGGGACCCCUGGGGGACCUGGGACCUGCCCUUGGUUCCCCUUUCUCUCCCCAGCAGAACAUGUCUCUCCUCGAGUCCUUCGGGUUUCAGAUUGUCCAGUCGGCGUUUGCGUCGUCUUUAGUAGAUCCCGAGGCGGACCCGCAGCCCGUGGGGCCUGAAGGGAAGUGAGAACGAAGCUGUCCCCACACAAACAGCCUCUGGGGACUGCUGGAAAACAUGCUGUGAAUGCGGAGGGAAGUGAUGUCUUUGGGUUCUGUAGCUGAGAGAUUUUUAUUCGUUUUUUUUUUUGUUGUUGUUUGUUUUUUAAACCCCCAUCCCCCACCCCACUCUCACUUCCACCACCCAUCCCCCCAAUGGUCUUUAGAAAUAGAUUCGUCAUCUGCUACUCUGCAGAAAUACCCGUGAGAGCCUGUAUGGGACAAUGACAGAAAACACUACAUAGGCCUCUUAAGGCAGCACCAGCCCUGGUUUCCCCUAGUGACCAGAAGCCAGUAUGUCUGGUGCUCGGUUCUUAGUGAUCCCAAGUCCCACUCUAGGACCUCAGUGGUUUUGAUCCUUCUCCAGUUCUCUAAUUCCUCAUUCCUCCUUCCUGUAGCCCUCAAAAGAAAUCACAGGAGGGUCUCCAGCCUCUCAUACAACCAUGAUGCCCAACUGUUUUUUGUUUUUUUUUUUAAAGGAAGCCAGAAGCCUACAGCAUCCCACGGACCAUGGGAUGAGUGUCCUCCCAGAGCCUUCUGAGCUUAGCCCUUGGCCUAGAGGGCUCCUGGUUUUCCUGAGCCCCGCUGGAGGCUUGCAUUUCACUGCCAGGAUAAGCUCAGCUAUUGAGGACACCUCCACCCCAAAUUCCAGUUCUUACAUGAUUUUAACUAUUCAACUUGCUGUUGGGUUUUAAUUCUCUAAUUAUUAUUAUUAUUAUUAUUAUUAUUAUUGUUAUUAUUUAGAACCAGUUGUAGUGAAUUGCUACUGAAAGCUAUUCCAGGUGAUACAGAGCUCUUUGUAAACCGCAGUCACACGUUAGGGUUAGUAUUAAACUUUGUUUAGAUGUACCAUAAUUAACUUGGCUAGUUGAUUGUUUGAAGUCUAUGGAAGAAAUAGUUUUAUGCAAAAAUUAAAAGAAAAAAUAACCAGUCUGAUCAGGAAGGGGGUUUUGGUGUCAUUGGGGACCAGAAAGGUAGGAGAGCCGCAAGUAGGGACAUAGUGUACCUUGGUUGUCACACAUGAGUAAGCCCAGGUUGAACUUGUGAUGUGAAUUGUUCUGAUCAGACUGUAUUAAAAACAUUAGUACCUUA